AUGUUCACCAAGACGGAGGGGCCAAAGUAUACGGUCAUUUCUUCCUCGAAGGAUUUUGAGGAGCGUCAAUAUGAGCCUUGCAUGUGGGCCGUGAUUGAUUCCAAGGCAGACACAAUCAAGGAGGCUACAAGUGCUGGCUUCCAAAAAUUGUUUAAGUACAUUUCUGGAACCAACAAAGAAGGGCUGAGUAUGUCCAUGACCGCUCCGGUCAUGGUGUACCAUGAACCAGGAGAAGUUGGAAGCUGGAAGUCUUUUAAGAAGGAGAUCAAGGUUGGUUUUAUGAUUCCUGAUGAACACAGAGAGAAACCGCCUUCGCCGAAUGAUGACAUGCCUAUCACAAUCAGACAAACACCCUCAACUCGAGUGUAUGCCAGGAAAUAUGGCGGUUUUUCCAAGGAGGAGGUUGCCUUGGCAGAAGUGGCCAAACUAGGCGAAGCUUUAGGAACGGAACACAAGUACAAAACUGGUUUCUGCUAUUUCUGUGGUUAUGACAGUCCUAUGAAAGUGAUAGGACGACGAAACGAAAUCUGGUUCAUCAAAGACACCACCGAAGGAUCUUAAAGAUGAAAACAGUCAGGACAUGCCAAGAGAGAAGCAAGAAGAACGAAGGAAUCUCUGAAAAGAGAUUUAAAAAAAACAGAACCCAACAUUUUCAAUCAUCGUGAUUUAAAAUAUAUAUAUAUCAUUAUUGUUUCAAUUCAAUUCGGUCUUUAGGUGAAGGUUUCUAGUGAGUUGGAGGAUUUUGAGCGUUGUUCGG